AUGUCGGGAAUGGAUGUGAUUGGAGCUAUUGAUCCUCCUGUUUCAAAUGGGCAUCGAUUCAUUCUAGUGGCGAUUGAAUAUUUCACUAAAUGGUUUAAGGUCAGAUAUCGAAAUUCUACAAUUUAUAGGCCUCAAAUGAAUGGAACCGUGGAAGCUACAAAUAAGAAUUUGAUGAAGAUCAUUCGUAAGAUAACUGAAGCACACCGGGAUUGGUAUGAGAAACUGCCUUCUGCAUUGAUGGCGUACAGAACUAUGAUCAGGACUUCUACUAGAGCAACUCCACAUCUUAUGUUUCGAAUAGAAGCAGUAUUGUCUGUAGAAGUUGAAAUCCCUUCCUUACGCAUUCUGAUGGAAGCUCAAAUAGAAGAAGCUGAAUGGAUCAGAGAAUGCCAUGAGCAAUUGUCUCUAAUUGAUGAAAAGAGGUUGAAUGUCGUCUGUCAUGGACAAUGUUAUCAACGAAGAAUGGCUCGUGCUUAUAACAAAAGGUUAAAUCUCGUUUAUUUGAAGAUGGAGAUAAGGUCUUGA